AAUCAAACUUGCGCACUCGUUUGGCGUUGUUCAGAGUUGAACUCAUAUUCCGCAUUUUCCUCUUCUCACGAAAACUUAAACAAGCGUUCUCUCUCUUCUGAAUUUGGAUUUUGGAUCCGAAAAGACCAACGACGUCGUUGCAGCACCACUUCCUCGCCGCAUUCGAUUCCCGCACAGUUCCCAAUCGCCGACGCUUCGAUUCCAAUGGCGACGGAGAAGUUAAUGGCUCCCGGCGGCCCCCGCUACGUUCAAAUGAAAUCGUCUCCGCCGCCGUCGCCGCCGGCCGCGGCUGUCGAGGACAUGUCCUCGGCCCCGUCGUUCCGCCACAGCUGCGCCGAGGCCCAUCGGAUUUUCGAAGAACUGCCGCAAUCCACCAUCGUCUCCGUCUCUCGCCCCGACGCCAGCGACAUCAGUCCCAUGCAACUCUCUUACACAAUUCAAGUUCAGUACAAACAGUUCAAGUGGGAGCUAAUGAAGAAAGCUCAUCAAGUAUUUAUUUUGCAUUUCGCAUUAAAGAAGCGUGCCAUUAUUGAAGAAAUCCACGAGAAGCAAGAGCAGGUUAAAGAAUGGCUUCAAAAUCUAGGAAUUGGAGAACACACUGCUAUGGUGCAAGAUGACGAUGAAGCUGAUGAUGAUACUGUCCAGUUACAGACUGAUGAAACUCAUGAAAGUGCUAAGGACAGAGAUGUUCCAUCUAGUGCUGCUCUACCAAUUAUACGGCCAGCCUUAGGAAGACAGCAUUCUAUUGCAGACAGAGCAAAGCAUGCAAUGCAAGGAUAUCUUAAUCACUUUUUGGGAAAUAUCAGUAUUGUGAACUCUCGUGAGGUUUGUAAGUUUUUGGAGGUAUCAAAGUUAUCUUUUUCACCUGAAUAUGGCCCUAAGCUGAAGGAAGAAUAUGUGAUGGUGAAGCAUCUGCCCAAAAUUCAGAAUGAUGAUGAUUCCAGAAAGUGUUGUUUGUCUGACUGUUUUAGUUGCUGUAACGACAACUGGCAAAAGGUAUGGGCUGUACUGAAACCUGGAUUCCUGGCAUUGCUGGCAGAUCCUUUUGAUACACAGCCUCUGGACAUCAUUGUUUUUGAUGUAUUGCCUGCCUCAGAUGGGAAUGGGGAUGGUCGGUUAUCACUGGCGAGUGAAGUGAAGGAACGAAAUCCUUUACGCCAUUCAUUCAAGGUGAGUUGUGGAAUCCGGAGUAUCAGAAUUAGAGUGAAAAGUAGUAGUAAAGUUAAAGAUUGGGUUGCUGCAAUUAAUGAUGCUGGACUCAGGCCUCCUGAAGGCUGGUGUCAUCCUCAUCGUUAUGGUUCAUUUGCUCCUCCAAGAGGCUUAGUCGAAGAUGGAAGUCAAGCCCAGUGGUUUGUUGAUGGGCGAGCGGCAUUUGAGGCCAUUGCUUCUUCAAUUGAGGAUGCAAAAUCAGAGAUAUUUAUAUGUGGUUGGUGGCUGUGCCCAGAACUGUAUAUGCGGAGACCUUUUCACACUAAUGCUUCAUCAAGGCUUGAUAAUUUGUUGGAAGCAAAAGCUAAGCAAGGGGUUCAGAUUUACAUUCUUCUCUACAAAGAGGUGGCUCUUGCUUUGAAAAUCAACAGUGUUUAUAGCAAGAAAAAGCUUCUUAGCAUUCAUGAGAAUGUGAGGGUAUUACGCUAUCCUGACCACUUUUCUACUGGUGUUUACCUGUGGUCACAUCAUGAAAAACUUGUCAUUAUUGAUAACCAUAUCUGCUUUAUUGGAGGACUGGAUUUAUGCUUUGGUCGGUAUGACACAUCUGAGCAUAAAGUGGGAGAUUUCCCUCCUCUUGUUUGGCCUGGAAAAGACUAUUAUAACCCAAGAGAAUCUGAACCAAAUUCUUGGGAAGAUACAAUGAAAGAUGAAUUGGAUCGUGAAAAAUUUCCUCGUAUGCCUUGGCACGAUGUUCAUUGUGCCCUUUGGGGACCACCUUGCCGUGACAUUGCUAGGCAUUUUGUUCAGCGAUGGAAUUAUGCUAAGAGGAACAAAGCUCCGUAUGAGCAAGCAAUACCAUUACUUAUGCCUCAGCAUCAUAUGGUUAUUCCACAUUACUUGGGAGGAAGCAGAGAGAUACAGAUUGAAAGUGGGAGCAUUGACAAUCAUACUAUCCUUAAGAGAGAUGAUUCAUUUUGUUCAUCUUCCCAAGACCAAGAUAUUCCUCUACUAUUGCCUCAGGAGUCUGAUGGAUUGGAUACUCAUGAAGGAGACCAAAAAUUGAAUGGGGUAAUCUCCUCUUCACAUCACCUUGACAAGCCAAGAAGGAUAAGAAGUGGUCUUCCAUUCUCAUUCCGGAAGGCCAAAAUUGUAGCAGUUGGUCCAGAUACACCCAUGAAGGGCUUUGUAGAUGAUCUAGAUUCUGAGCAUGACCGUGAAAAAAAGUCUGUGGAUAGAGUGGCUCAUUUUGAUUUACAAAGUACAGAUUCAGAAUGGUGGGAAACACAAGAACGGGGUGACCAGGGAGGUUUUGCUGAUGAAUCAGGACAAGUUGGUCCUCUUGCUUCCUGCCGUUGCCAAGUUAUUAGGAGCGUGAGUCAAUGGUCUGCUGGAACAAGUCAAAACGAAGAGAGCAUCCACAGUGCUUAUUGCUCUCUUAUUGAAAAAGCUGAAUACUUCAUCUACAUUGAGAAUCAGUUUUUUAUCUCAGGUCUUUCUGGAGAUGAGAUGAUACGGAAUCGUGUGUUAGAAGCUUUAUAUCGACGGGUUAUGCGAGCUUACAAUGACAAAAAAUGUUUCAGGGUUAUAAUUGUCAUACCUCUCCUGCCUGGCUUCCAGGGCGGCCUUGAUGAUAGUGGUGCAGCAUCUGUGAGAGCCAUAAUGCAUUGGCAGUAUCGAACCAUUUGCAGAGGGCAAAAUUCUAUCUUGCAUAAUCUUUAUGAACUUCUUGGUUCUAAAAUACAUGACUACAUCUCUUUUUACGGCCUAAGAUCUUAUGGUAGACUCUCUAAUGGUGGUCCUGUGGCAACCAGCCAGGUGUAUGUUCACAGUAAAAUCAUGGUUGUUGAUGAUUGUAUAACUUUGAUAGGAUCUGCUAAUAUUAAUGAUAGGAGCUUACUUGGCUCCAGAGAUUCUGAGAUUGGUGUGGUUAUAGAAGACAGAGAGUUGAUUGGUUCUUAUAUGGAUGGAAAGCCUUGGAAAGCAGGAAAAUUUUCCUUGACCCUCCGAUUGUCCUUAUGGUCUGAGCACUUGGGUCUACCUACAGGAGAGGUCAAUCAAAUAAUGGACCCAGUUGUUGAAUCUACUUACAAGGAUAUUUGGAUGGCAACAGCGAAGACGAAUACUACUAUUUACCAGGAUGUCUUUUCUUGCGUACCAAAUGAUCUGAUACACACCAGACUUGCUUUCAGACAAAGUGUGGCUUUUUGGAAAGACAAAAUUGGUCAAACGACCAUUGAUUUAGGAAUAGCCCCAGAAAAAUUAGAAUCAUAUCAUGAUGGUGGCAUUAAGAACACCGAUCCCUUGGAUAGAUUAGCAGCAGUGAGGGGUCAUCUUGUCUCUUUUCCCCUGGAGUUCAUGUGUCAGGAAAGUCUAAGACCUGCUUUUAAUGAAAGCGAAUACUACGCUACUCAAGUUUUCCAUUGAGUUCGAUGUCUCCGAGUACAUAACAUAUUGGGUUUUUCUUUACAAUUUUUACAGGGAUGUGUAAUUUAAUUCUUGCAGAAUUCCUUUUUAUUACGAUUCUGCAAGUGAGAAAAAGAAAAAGGGGUGGGGGGAGACAAGGUUUAAUCAUGAUAUUCUUGUAAAGAAUGUAUCUAUAACUGUUCACUGUAAAAAAAAAAAAAAAGUUUAAUUUUUAUAGAAAAAAGAAAUCAGUUCAAUAAUACACGCUGAUAUUUACUGUA